GAAAAAUUGGAAAAACGAACAAAUGCAGUCGGAAUGUCUAUUAAGGCGCACGACGUGUAAUUAAUAAAUUUUUGCGGUGCGCAUGAAAUUCAAUAGAAAUAAAAAAAAUUAAAUAAAUAUUUUACAGAAGAAAAAAAUUAAUAAAUACAUAAAACCCAUAGAAAAAGUGUAAAGAGAAAAGUUUAAAUUUAUAAAAUAAAUAGAAAAAAAAAGAAAAAUGUGAAGUAAAAGUGGAAAGUAAUUGUUAAAUGUGUAAAAAAAAAUUGUCGCCAGACAAUUGGUGAGAAAAUAAGAAAUUAUAAAAUUAAAAAAAUUUUGUAGGAAGAAAAAAAAAAAGGAAAUCACACAAGAAUUGUAAGGGAAAAGCUGACAAGUAAAAAAAAAUCAUGUAUCUAAUAUGGAAAUUAAGAGAAAAAAAUGUUUUCAAGCAAAAUAAAGAAAUUAAUAAACAAAUAAAAUAAGUUUUCAAUGAAAAUUUUAUUGAAAAAAAAGUGCAGACAUUGAAGUGCAAGUGCUCCCUUCGUAGCCACAGUCACAGCCACCAGCAACGACAAACGACUCUAGUGUUUAGGGCGUGUUAAUAAAAGUGUUGGGGAGAUUACAGCAACGAGUAAUAACCAAAUAAAUUUAGUUGAAAAGCUUUAAAUAAAAUAAAAAAACAAAUUUAAACAAUUUUAAUGUUUUUCUGUGUCCACCAACAAUAAUAAGGAAAAAUUUCUGGUGAAAAGAAAAAAAAAUCAAUUUGUAGUUUUUUUUUCUUAUAUUUUAAUGAUUGCAACUUCCUUUUUGUAGUUACAUUCUUUGGAUACGGUGUCUACUACAAGUGCGAAUUAUAACAACAUAAGCAAAUACAGAAAAAAUUUAAAACGAAAAGAAAAAAUAAAUAUUUUGAGAAAAGAAAAAGUGUUAAACAUUUGUUUGUGUAAAGAAAAAGAAAAAUAUGUUUUGCCUAAAAUAAUUGAUAGUAAAACGAAAAAUCUUUAUAUAAAAAGCAAAGAAAUCCAGCUUUAACACCCACCCACCACCUUUUUUCAUUACAAUUUCCUUGUUUCUUUCUGCUGUUUGACAACAUUGCUUUUUGCUGCUCAUUACAACCGUUAUUUCGCCCUACAGUUGUUAGUAUUAUAAAUGUGUAUGUGUGUGUGUGUUUUAGUUGAUACUUGGUGUAAUUCUAAAAAAAAAAAACAAUCAUUGCUACUUUACUCUCUUUAACAACUCUACUAUUCACUAGAGGAAAGUAAAAACGAAAGGAAAUUAUUUUCCUUAAAUUUGUAAACUCUCUUAGGCGGCCUUUUGACCCCUUCACUUUCCAAAAAAACAAAAGAAAACCACAAUGGGUGCUCAACAAGGCAAAGAACGUGGUUCACAUUCUAGCGGCAGCCAUGGUGGUACCGCUAGUUGUAUUGGUGUUUCCAGUAGCAGUCCGGUGGGUUCUCAUGGCCUGCCGGUUAAUGCUUUAGGUGCUGGUUCUACAUUACGUGGCUCCCGCAUAAAAUCCUCUUUACCAUCAGCUGCUGUUAGUGGUGGUGUUGGCGGCUCUAGUGGUUUACAUCGUUCGGCUGGUGUCUCUUCAGCAUCGUGUCAUAAUCCCAAGGAUAAUCGCUGCAAUCCAAUUGGUUUGAAUAUCUUUACAGAACAUAAUGAAGCUCUCUUACAAUCCCGACCCCUGCCACAUAUACCAGCUGGUAGCACACUUCUGGGUGGAGUAUCAGACACAUCGGACCUUUUAGGUCAAAAUCAAGAUGGCAUUUCAUUGCACACCACACAAACACACAGUCAGGGACACAGUUCGACAACAUCGGGUUUUGAAUCGGCCCACAGAUGGACUUCCAAAGAAAAUCUCUUAGCUCCGGGACCCGAAGAAGAUGAUCCUCAGUUAUUUGUAGCACUUUACGACUUUCAGGCCGGAGGAGAAAAUCAAUUGAGUCUUAAGAAAGGAGAACAAGUACGCAUAUUAUCGUAUAAUAAAUCAGGAGAAUGGUGUGAGGCCCAUUCGGAUUCGGGUAAUGUGGGCUGGGUGCCCUCAAAUUAUGUAACACCUUUGAAUUCCUUGGAAAAACAUUCCUGGUAUCAUGGGCCGAUAUCAAGAAAUGCUGCAGAAUAUCUUUUAAGUUCAGGCAUCAAUGGUUCAUUUCUGGUAAGAGAAAGUGAAAGUUCUCCCGGUCAAAGAAGUAUUAGUUUAAGAUAUGAGGGUCGUGUCUAUCACUAUCGAAUAUCGGAAGAUCCCGAUGGUAAAGUUUUCGUAACAGCCGAAGCCAAAUUUAACACCCUCGCCGAGCUGGUGCAUCAUCAUAGUGUACCACAUGAGGGUCAUGGACUGAUUACACCACUUUUGUAUCCAGCACCAAAGCAAAAUAAACCAACAGUAUUCCCUCUUAGUCCCGAACCCGAUGAAUGGGAAAUUUGUCGCACUGAUAUUGUUAUGAAACACAAGUUGGGCGGUGGCCAGUAUGGUGAAGUUUAUGAGGCGAUAUGGAAACGUUAUGGCAAUACGGUGGCAGUUAAAACACUCAAAGAAGAUACUAUGGCCCUUAAGGAUUUCCUUGAAGAGGCUGCCAUUAUGAAAGAAAUGAAACAUCCCAAUUUAGUGCAACUAAUUGGUGUCUGUACCCGUGAGCCACCCUUCUAUAUAAUCACUGAAUUUAUGUCACAUGGUAAUCUAUUGGAUUUCCUACGAUCAGCCGGACGCGAAACAUUAGAUGCUGUCGCUCUUCUAUACAUGGCUACACAGAUAGCAUCGGGUAUGAGCUAUUUGGAAUCUCGUAAUUAUAUACAUCGUGACUUGGCUGCCCGUAAUUGUUUGGUGGGCGAUAAUAAAUUGGUAAAAGUAGCCGAUUUUGGUUUGGCUCGUCUGAUGCGUGAUGACACCUAUACGGCACAUGCGGGCGCCAAGUUUCCCAUCAAAUGGACCGCCCCCGAGGGAUUGGCCUACAAUAAGUUCAGUACAAAAUCGGAUGUUUGGGCGUUCGGUGUGUUGCUGUGGGAAAUAGCCACGUACGGUAUGUCGCCAUAUCCGGGCAUCGAUCUGACCGAUGUCUUUCAUAAAUUGGAGAAAGGUUAUCGCAUGGAACGGCCACCGGGCUGUCCACCGGAAGUGUAUGAUUUAAUGCGUCAAUGUUGGCAAUGGAAUGCGGCGGAUAGGCCGACGUUUAAAAGCAUACAUCAUGCUUUGGAACAUAUGUUUCAGGAAUCAUCUAUAACCGAAGCGGUCGAAAAACAAUUGAAUGCCACGACAACAACAACAACGCCAAAUAUUGGUCAAAGUUUAACGCCUCAAAUGUCGAAAAAGGGUAUAAUGCAGGGCGGCAAUACACAGGGUUCACUGGGAAAUAGUGGCGGUGGUGGUUGUGGUGGCGGCGGUAAUAGUGGUGGUAGUCUAACACCAGGUGGUCAUCACGAUCAGCAAGCCAGUACUCCUAUGUCAGACACUGGUUCCGGCUCAACGAAACUUUUAACAUUUUCCAGUCAAGGCAAAGGUAAUGUUCAAAUGCGUAGAACCACCAACAAACAGGGUAAACAAGCUCCAGCCCCACCCAAAAGAACCAGUCUACUCUCCUCAAGUCGUGAUAGCACCUAUCGUGAUGAGGAUAAUUCAGCCUCUGCACGCCAGCUUAUUGAUGAAAUGCAUACCAAUGGUCUCAGCCGUGAUAUAAAUAAUCUCAAUCAACGUUACGACUCAGAGAAUGACAAUAACACUGGCGAUCCGGAUACCGAUCAUACUGGCGAUAGUUUGGAGCAGAAUAUGACAACACACUCUAAAAUGCAACAUUCCAUGCAUGUUGCCAAUAAUAUUGGACCACGAGGAGCCCAAACACACUCCUCCUUUAAGAGACCUACACCAGUAAUGGGCAAUCGUGGCCUGGAAACAAGACAAAGUAAAAGAUCUCAACAUUCCGGCCGAACGGAUGGAAAUACAGUUGCUGUUAAUACCGCAGCUUUAAAUCAAAUAAAUCCGGUAGCUCAACCCAUACAGGUAGGAGCCUUGGAGGUCAUGAAUGUUAAACGUGUGGUCAAUCGUUAUGGCACCUUGCCCAAGGUACAAAGAAUUGGCCAAUUUCUCGAUAGUUUGGAAGAUAGUAAUGAGGGGGGUAAUACUGUAGGCACACCCACUAAUGUGGUAACAGCAACGCCUGCCACAAAUGGUCUCAAUGGCAGGCUAGCGAAAAAUACACCUCCACCUUUGGCAGCCCCCUUGCCGCAACAAAUGAUACGUAGCAAUUCUUCGGGCGGUGUAACCAUGCAGAACAAUGCCUCGGCCAGUUUAAAUAAGUUGCAAAGACAUCGCACCACUGCCGAUGGCAGCAGCAUGAUGACCUUCUCUUCCUUCCGUGGUAAUAACUCUAGCAAUUCUCCCAAACGUAAUCAGCAACCGGCUUUAGCUAAUUUGGAAUUUCCACCACCACCUUUGGAUUUGCCACCACCACCGGAGGAGUUUGAAAAUAUGCCACCACCACCGCCACCACAGCCAGAAUGUGAUUUGUCUACGCCACCCCAAGCUUAUGCGGCACAAUUGGGUUUAAAGACCAAAACCAGCUGUAAUGAUGUCUCCAACACCGCCCCCAGUGUUGAGGAGGCUAGCUCUAGAUUUGGAGUAUCUUUGCGUAAAAGAGAACCCUCUACAGACUCGUGCAGUUCGCUAGGCACCCCGGCCGCCAAUGACAACAAUAAUGGCAAUUUACAAAAUCAGGAAUUAACUAUGAAGGAAAAGUUAAUGGCAGAAAUAAAAGACCGGCAGGCCAAAGAGAAUUCCUCAACCACGGCCAAUAUACAAAACGGUAAUUCCAGUGUAGAUCCGGUGGCUCUUUUAGUCAACGAAUUGGCCGAGAGCAUGAAUUUGCCCAAACAAAAACAACAGUUGGCGGCAACUAAUCCUCCGGCUCCCAAGUCGCCAGCAGCUACAAAUGAUUUAAAUACAGCCGGCAAUACUAACACAUUCAAGGCUCAGCUAAAAAAGGUGGAACCUAAAAAAAUACCCACACCCACACAAAAACCAGAACAACAAAGCAACAUUAUAGAUUUCAAAGCUCACCUACGUAAGGUAGAGACUAAAACCAAUACAACAGAGACAAGCUUAAAAGACAAAGAAUUAAAAAAAGACUUGGAAAAGGACACUUCAUCUGCUUCUUCAUCAACAACAACAACAACGACUCUAAACAAAUCACCAAAUGCUAAUGCGAAAACCAAUACUUCUUCGACGGGAUCAUCGACUUUAAACCGCAAAGAUGAUAAGAAAUUUUCCACCAACAACACGACACAUUUAACACAAAAGACUGAAAUAAAAAUUGACCUACAACAACAGACAAACCAAAUCAAUCAAGCCAAUCAAUCCAAUGCCAACAAUGGUGAAAAUAAUACCGAAUCAUCGACCAACACUGAGGCCAAUGUGGAAUGUGGAAAACGCCGCAGCACAGGUAGUAUUAAUAGUUUAAAGAAAUUAUGGGAACAACCGGGUCAAACAACGACUGCAAUCGGUCCACAACAAGCAGAUUAUGCCAGCACGCAAAAUAUGCCUGGGAAUGCUACCACUACCAAUAUAACCAAUGCCAUCAUCACAACCACCUCCACACAAUUGUCUCCUAAAUUUGCAUUUAAACCUACCACUACCACGGGUGGUUUAAUUACGCCCACCUCUGGCACCAACUCUUCCACGCAACUAUUGCAACAACAGCAACCACAACAACGUUAUCCCCUUAAUAGCACACAAAUAUCACCCAGAAUUACCAAUAAUAAUAAUAGCAAUAAACCACCUCCAUUACAACCUCCACCCCCACCACCUCCACAAAAUCAAAGCCAACAACAGCAUUCAUCCCAUAACAAUUCCCAUAAUAGUCAUCAUCAUAAUAACGCCACAACAUCCACUCAUUUAACAAAUUCUAUUUCCACACAAUUCACAGAACUCAACACAGUUAAUAGUUCACACAAAACUACAGCAGGCGGAGAGGAUACACAGCAGCAAGAAAAUGAUCUCAUGACUCAGUCCAUGUUUGUGGAAAAUACCAAUUCAUCAGCUGCCGGCGUCAAUAAUAAACUCACCACAUCGACUAUAAACUCAAAACCAGCCGUGCCACUAAAACCCACCAAACUCACCAUCUAUGCCACGCCCAUGGCUCAAAAAAUUGCCUCAGCCGGUGGCAAUACAGACAUCACAACUAACACCACAACAACUAAUAAUGCUACAACCGAAAACUCGACAAAAAUCUCACGUGAAAGCAUCUUAGAAUUGGUGGGUCUUUUGGAGGGCUCUCUCAAGCAUCCGGUCAACACCAUAUCCGCUUCACAAUGGCUACAACUCAGCGAUAAAUUGAAUAUAUUACAAAACUCUUGUGUUGUCUUCGCCGACAACGAGUGCAUGCCACCUCAUUCGAAAUUUCAUUUUCGUGAGUUGGUCACUCGGGUAGAAACACAAUCGCAAGCCCUACGUACGGCUGGUACGAAAAAUGUCCAGGACAAUGAACGUUUGGUCAGCGAAGUUGGUCAAUCACUCAAACAGAUAACGAAUGCAUUGCAUAGGUAAAUAUUAAGAAACGGGGUGGGCGGGGAAUUGUGGUUAGAUUCAGAGGGGAAUUUUAUAAAAAGACAAAAAUAAAUACACAUACAUACAUACCUACAUACAAACUCCAAAGAUUACAACAAACAAAAAAAGACAGCUUAGAAUUAUAAUUGAUUAAUUACAACAACAACAACAACAAAACGGGAAAUAAAUAAAUUAAAUUUAAAUAUAGUAUUUAAAAAUGCUUAUAAGCAUAUAUUUAUACAAAAAACAAUACAAUUUAUAAAAAAAUUAACAAAAAAGAAAUUAAAGAAAAUAAAAUUCCCAACUAAAUCUUAGUGGGAUUUGUUUAUGGAUUUUGUAAAGGUAAUGGAAGUGAUCGUUUUUUCCAAAUUGUGUGGUAGUAGAAGUUUAGUUUUCUAUUAACAAAUUAUUAUGAUUGUAGUUAUCUUUUCUGCAGAAAAGUUGUUUGUUUUACAUUCUUCUUUUCCAUAGAAAAGUUCUUUACAUUUUAGUCAUAUUUUAAUGGAACAGGUAUGGAAAAGUUUUUAUAAAAAAGUUCUAUGGAAAUAGUUAACUUUUUUUGUAUAGAAUAUUUAUCUCAAUUAUAAUUAACUUUUCUAUAGAAAUGUCUGUAGUAUUCAACUAUUCCACAGAAAUUUUUUUAAAAAAGUGAAAUUUUACAACUUUAAGUUAUAACCAGAGUAGGCAAUUUUCGCACUCGUGAAUACAAUUUUAUUUAUUUCUCUCAUUUUACAACUCAGUUUCACGAGAUUUAUUUUUAAUCUCACGAGAUCUAUUUUUUUAAACUCUUCAUUUUUUAUUUUUUAAUAUCACUCGAGAGAGAGAAAUAAAUUUAAACGCUCUUCCUACUCUGGUUAUAACUGAAAUGUUUAUGGAUUUUAGUCAUCUUUUAAUAGAAAAUAAUCUCUGGAUUAAAGUCAACUUUUGUAUGAAAAACAUGUUUAUUUAAAUUUUUUCUAAAUUUUUUCAUUUUACAAAAGUAAUGUUUACAAAAAACAGCUGUUCAUUGUUUAUGUUUUUGACUGAAAAGUUGGCAAUAAUAACUAAAUUAACUGAUCCUAGAUUCAUAACUAAAAAAAAAACACAAUCAUCACUUAAAGUCCGCCCAAAAUUUCUUCCGAGUUUAAUCUAACAGCAAGUUAAACCUAGUUUAAAUGAGUAGUAAGAAACCCUCCCUUGCUAAAGGAAUUUCACUAAUUUACAGUCAACUUUUGUAUGGAAAUGUUUAUGAAAGUUCAACAAGUUAAGAUCAAGUUUCAUCACUUAAAGUCUGCCUAAAUUUCUUUCGAGUUUAAUCUAACAGCAAGUUAAACCUAGUUUAAAUGAGUAGUAAGAAACCCUCCCUUACUAAAGGAAUUUCACUAAUUUACAGUCAACUUUUGUAUGGAAAUGUUUAUGAAAGUUCAACAUUUCUAUGGAGAAGUUGUCAAAAUUAAGAUCAAGUUUCCAAAAGAAGGGUUUUCUGAACUACAAUUAACUAUUCAUAACCUUUAUUAAAGGAAUUUCACUAAUUUACAGUCAACUUUUGUAUGGAAAUGUUUAUGAAAGUUCAACAUUUCUAUGGAGAAGUUGUUUAAAUUAUUAUCAAGUUUCCAAUAGAAGGGUUUUCUGAACUACAAUUAACUAUUCAUAACCUUUAUUAAAGAAAUUUCUCUAAUUUACAGUCAACUUUAGAUAAUAAUAAACAUUUCUAUGAAGAAGUAGUCAAAAUUGAGAUCAAUUUUCCAAUAAAAGAAUUUUCUGAACUACAAUAAACCUAGUUUAAAUGAGCAGUAAGAAACCCGCCCUUACUAAAGGAAUUUCACUAAUUUACAGUCAACUUUUGUAUGGAAAUGUUUAUGAAAGUUGACUAGAUAAUAAAAAUCAGCAUUUCACAAUCAUCACUUAAAGUCCGCCUAAAUUUCUUCCGAGUUUAAUCUAACAGCAAGUUAAACCUAGUUUAAAUGAGUAGUAAAAAACCCGCCCUUACUAAAGGAAUUUCAUUAAUUUAAGUCAUCUUUUGUAUGGAAAUGUUUAUAAAGGUUCAACAAGUUUCCAAUAGAAGGGUUUUCUGAACUACAAUUAACUAUUCUUAACCGUUAUUAAAGAAAUUUCUCUAAUUUACAGUCAACUUUUCUAUGGAAAAGUUUAUGAAAGCUGACUAGAUAAUAAUAAUCAACAUUUCUAUGAAGAAGUUGUCAAAAUUAAGAUCAAUUUUCCAAUAAAAGAACUACAAUUAACUUUUCUAUGGAAAAGGCUCCUGGACUAUUGUUUACUUUUCUACAUUACAGUCAACUUUUGUAAGCAAAUGUUCUAAGAAUAUAAUCGAUCUCUGCACUACAGCCAUCUCUUGAGGAUUAUAGUUAACCUUUGUAGAUAUAAGUUCUUU